AUGGAGAAAAUAGAAACAGACGUACAAGUAUUAAAAGAAACAGUUAACAGUCAGCAACAUGACUUAAAAUAUGCGGAGCUAAGUCAGCAGCAUGACUUAAAAAAUGCGGAGCUAGAAGGUGACGAUGGGAAACACCUAAAAACCCAAAACAAAAAGAUAUAUACAUCUGCAGGAAGCUCAGCUACAGCAGGGAGUACAUCUACAGCAGGACCAUCUACAAAAAAGGAGGAAGCUAAGGUAAAAUAUACAAAUACAAACAUGAAUAAAUUAUUUUCUAAACCAUAUACUCCUCAAAAUACCAAAAAAGACAUAUUCGUACCUCCACAGAUAAAUACUUAUGAAGCCAGCUUAGAUUCACAGAAACAGACAUACAACCACAUCACUAGAAUGCAUAUAGAAAAUAUAUACAAAAUACAAACUUUCCUAAAUCAGAACCCCAGAGCAAAAGAUACAAAAAACCCGAAUGAAGACUAUAUAACCCAAUAUUUACAAGGUUAUAACAAGCUAAUCGCACAACCUGGAACAAAUCCAAACCUAGUAGCAACCUGCUACAACUAUGGAUUACUAAGUACUGUAUAUACAACAACAGGAGAAGAAGUAUCCAAAAUAUCAGAAUUAUAUAAGGCAUUUUUACAAUACAAGAGAAUAACUAAAGGAACUCUAUUUUACAUAAAGUUCUAUUCAGCUACAGCGGAAAUACUAUAUGAUGAGAUCAAACCUACGAUACAAGCUAUAAAGAUUGGAUUAACUAGAGAAAUGAUAAUCCCUGAAAAGAUAGAUACGCAAGAAGAAAUACAAAAGGUAGAUAUUCCAGAGUUUUACGCAAAUAAGAGAACUAUUGGAAUAGCUACUAUAUUAAAUGAAAUAGCAAACAACUAUUUGAACGAAAAUGCAAUUUGGAGUUACUAUAACAGAGAUCAGACAAUCAUAUACUCCAACUGCAGAGAAAUCCGAGUAGCAGAUAUGGAAGACCUAAGGCAGUGGAUAUUAAGCCUAUUAAAACCAGAGCAAACACCUACAACAAGAGCAAUUCGGAAAAAUUUUAUUUCUCCUAAUCUAAUGACAAGAUAUUGUAAGAUAAUAGGACAGAAAUAUCCUGAUCAUCUAUGUUCAAAGUGCAAAGGAGAAGAUAAUUAUAUUCCAGAUGUACAGCUGGAGUAA